CAACAAUCUCGCACCAAUCAGACAGCCUUGGUCAAUUGCCAGUACUUGUGUGUAGCAUUCCAGCCAUCCAGGACUUCUCAGCAGCACCCGUAACCAUGAACUCUCUCUAUAACUUAGCCCUUAAGCAAACUCAGCUAUUGCACAAAGAUUUGAACACUUUUGAAAACAACUAUAAGGACGCUCCUUUGUCUCUUCAAGGACAAAUUUCUACCACCAUAUCAUCUUUGGAUAGAACUUUGCUGGAUUAUUCCAAGCUAUCCUCAAAUGAACAUGAUCCUGUUAAGAAGGAAAAAAUCUCAAUAAGAAUAUCAAAUUUUGAAAAACAGCUAUCUGAAUCUAAAGUUUUAUUUCAGUCAAUAAAAAAGAAAAAACAAAACUAUAUCGAGGAAUAUCAAAGAAACCAAUUGUUCAUCUCUCCUGAAUCUAACCUAAAUAACCGGUUUCAAAAUAGAAGUACUCAUAAUGGUAACAGUCAUAACAGCAACAGUACCAGUAUCAGUAAUGACAAUCCCUAUAGUCAAUCGAAUAUAGAUUAUAACCACAAUCUACAUAAAGAAACUCAAAAUUUAAAUCGUUCAAACCAACAGUUAGAUGAAAUACUUGAAAUGGGCAGAGAAGCAUUUGAUAACAUAGUUGAACAAAACGAAUAUAUUAGAUUAAUUCAAAAUAAACUACUAAAUUCUUUAAAUACUCUAGGUGUCUCUCAAUCAACCAUUAGACAAAUCGAUAAAAUCGCAUUCAAAGAUAAAUGGUUUUUUUAUAUAGGUGCUCUUUUAGUCUUUUUAUUCUUUUAUCUAAUAAUUAAAUUUUUCAAAUAAUAUUAUUUUAUUUUAUUAUAUUUUAUAUAAAUAAUAAAAUAAAAUAAAAUUUAAAAAUGGACAAUAGACAAUGAAAAAUAGAAAGUAGA